GGCGGCGGGGGGGCUGCUAGGCGAUGGGAACAGAAACAUGGCGCUGCCCUUACUCAGAUGGAGCUGUAGAAGGCCUGCUGCGGGUCUGAGCGCUUAUCUAAGAUUUAACAAACUAAUCGAAACACGAAAUGAGUGCGUUGUUAAAAAGCAGGCCUCGUUAGCGUGUGUUGUGUCCGGAGUCCGGUUCUGCAGUUCGGACAGAGAGGGACGCAGAGAGACGCGGAAGGUUGUUGUGGUCGGCAUCCCGAACCCGUUCAUCUGGUUCCGGACCAAAUUCUGCUUCUUCCUCAUUCGCGCUUACUUCGACAAAGACUUCAGCAUCGAGGAGUUCACUGAAGGAGCCAAACAGGCAUUUGCACAUGUAUCACGACUGCUGUCUCAGAGUCAGUUUGAAGAACUCGAAGGUCUCGUCGCUAAAGAUGUAAUUGGGAAACUGGAGGAGAAAUGUGCUGAUCUCCCGUUGAGCUAUAAAAGAGCACUUUCAGCUGACCCAGAUGACAUCAUGUACACGACGCCAGCAGAUGUGGGUUUCUGCUAUGAGAAUGAUGGGAGGAAGUUUGUCAGUAUUUUGAUGCGCUUCUGGUACUUAACCAGUGCCCGGCUGCCAGAGGACACAAUGGAGGGAGCGCGCAUCUUCCAGGUGGUCAUUGGUAAAAACGGGGAGAAACCCGAGAGCAAGAGGCUGCUCACAGCCAAUUACGAAUUUCAGAGGGAGUUUACCCAAGGAGUGACACCAGACUGGACCAUCACUAGAAUAGAGCACUCAAAGCUGCUUGAUUAAAAUGCUGAACUCUCUGUUUAAUGGGAUCUGAAUUUAAUAUCAUACUGUACUGUGAAUGAGCCACAUUUACUGUCUGGAAAGUAAAACUUGACAUGUGGACAACAUUCACACUCACUAAUUCAUUCUGUGAGAAUGAUCCUGUAGAAUGAAGAUGUAAAUUAGCAAAUCUAUAAAAGUCCUCAUGUCAUUUUGGACCUGUGCAAAUCUGGUAGAAUAUUCACAAGACGUUCCACGUUGAGAUAGAGUUUUAAGUUAAAUUUUAGUUCCUGUAAGUCUUUAUGUUAUUAUCUCGUGUUGAUGUUUGAUAUUGCAUCUGAAAUUUGUUGUUCAAAUAUAACACUUAAAAUAUUUGUCAGUAUAGUGCAGAUAGUAAUUUGAUACGGAAUUACACUUGUUUGCUGCAUCUCUGAAAUGAAUUUGUACCUUUUCUACUGACAGAUGGGUAAAUUCAAUAAAGCAGCCAAGAAAUCUUGUACACACA